AUGGUGUCUUUCUCUUGCGAAGCAUGCGGUGAUAUCCUCACCAAGAAGAAGCUUGACCCUCAUCGCAACCAAUGUCGCGGCGCCACCUUCACCUGCAUUGAUUGCAUGGUGCACUUCUACGGCACCGAAUACAGAUCACACACGUCCUGCAUGAGCGAAGCGCAAAAAUACCAAGGAGCUCUUUACAAAGAGAAACCAGGCAAGGGCCAAAAGAAGGGACCGAACACCGCGAAGAAUCCCCAGAGCCAGAAGCAGAACCCCAACGCCAACCACCAGCAGCCCCGUGUCGAGGACGGCUCCGAUGGCGAGGGUCUCAAGAAUGCUCCCCCUCCCCCUGCUCCUACACCCCCGCCUGCUGGUGAGGUGAGGACUCCUGCUGCCAAGGUCGAUAACAACAAGCCUGUCAAUGUGUUCGACUACCUGGUUGCCGAUGAGACCCCCAACGCGUCCAAGGUCUCUCUUACGCCCAAGGAGCAGAUGAAGAUGAAGUCGAAUGCCAAGUCAGUCUUCGAGCCCAGCGAUUCGCUUGCCAAGUUCGAAGCCAACCCUACCACCGAUGAUGAGGCCCAGAACUACGAUAUCGCCUACAAGCAGAAUGGCUUCUCAUAUGGCGCCGGCAACAUUCCCCACUCGAACUCUCCCCCGAAUGUCUCAACUGAAUUCGUCACCCCGGCCCCCAAGGAGAAGAAGAAGAAGCGCAAGGAAGAGAAGCACGCCGGCACCGUCAGCGAGAAGAAGCGCAAGCGCGGCCAGCCCGAGGUCCUCAGCACCCCCGGCGAAGUCGACACCGACAUGGUGGACGCCCCAUCAAGCAUCAUCAACAACGCCGGCACACCCAUGCUCGCUCACUCCGGCCUGACUGGUGGUCUUAACCGAAUGAUGCGCUCUGCGUCCCCAGACGACAGCCCGGACGCCCGCCGCGGCGCCUACCAAGACACAUCCUCGCCCAUCAAGCGCACACGCCGCAACGGCAAGGAAGUCAACGGAAACGGCGACCCAGGCCUAGGGAUCUCCAUGCGAAACCGCGCCGAGCGCCUCGUCUCCUCAAUGUUCGGCGGUUCAUCCGUCUCCAGCGCCAACGGAGGUAACACCGAAGUAACCUCCAAGGCCGUUGUCCGCGCCCGUCGCGGCAGCGCCUCCAGCAACGAUGACCAGCUCGAAGUCCGCAAGAGCAAGAAAUCCCACCGUUCCCGUGACGGCCACGCCGAAAGCCGUGAAAGUCGCAAGUCCAAGCGCAAGAGCAGCAACCCCACUGACGGUGACCGUCCUUCCCGCCGUCUGAAGCAGGUUGAUGAGCGUCGUUCCCACUCUCCCGAGGGUCGUCAGGUCGAAGUCUACAAGCAGUCCAAGCCUCCUGCGCGCACCGAUGAGGAUUUGCAGCGUGAGCUGGCUCAUCACUUCCUCUCGCUGGUUUCGAGUGGUAGUGAGCGUGGUUGCUCGGUUAACAAGACUCUCAAGCGCUUCCAUCGCAAUCUUUCGGAUGAGUAUGAUGAUCAGGAAUAUCAGGAUCGCCGAUUUGAUGAUGAGAAGGAUUUGUGGAGGGCUUUGAGACUUCGUCGCAAUGAUCGUGGUGAGAUUGUUGUGUUUAUUUGA